AUGAAUAAACGUUUACUGGUCAGUUUGAUAUUCCUGCUGGCCAUAGACUUGGUCUCAACGUACGUCAUUGAGGAUACAUUUUCCGGCACGGGAGAAGUGUUAGAUGAAAUUUCUAACCUGGAAGACGUACAGGAAAGAAACUUACCCAAAGAGGCUCUUGUUCACAUCCCCCGCCUGAAAGAAAAACACAAAGACAGCUUCCUUGGAGUUAGUCAAGAAGAUGCUUUCGAGACUAUCAAAACAAGGGCUAUGAAACUCGCCGCAAAUGAAUGCUCCAACAUAACUGUUAAGGAAAGGAAUCUAGAGGCGGAAAGAGAAUCAUCCUUGAGACCAAACUAUCAGGCUUUUCAGCACGGAAGCAAGAAUUUUAUGACCGACGAGCAGUAUAAUGCUGCCGCGAAGAGCGAAAAAUGCAGCGCAUGCGUUCUGAAUACUCUGUGUAACGACACAUCUAUUCGGCAACUGUUGAAUAUUAACACCAGGCUCCCUGAGUGAGUACAACAUAUUUACAUUUACAUACAAUUUAGAUUUACUAAGGCUUAAUUUUAACCUACGUGUACAUUAAAGGGGACUGAUUAUAGUAGUUUGGUAGAGUAAAUGUCAAACCCUACAUGUCAUGGUAUACACCUAACUGAAGGGGUAAAAAGAAAGGAUCAAAAUAAUUACACAUAAAAUCGUGUAAUGAGAAGAAGGGAACAUUUCAAUGAGUUGACUUAUUCUAAAAUUACAUAAAUCUAAGAAUGAAAUUUAUAUGCUUAUUCAACUACACGCAGCCCAACCUUUAAUCAUAACUCUCAUCAUAACUACGAGUGGUCUUAUAUGCGUAAUCCUCCAAAUGAGCGUGGCUGUAUGGGAAUUUAGGUAAAAGAUCCCGGAAGAUAAAUAAUCACUGGAAUUCUCAAUUAAAAAAAAACACCUUACCAUUCCAGACGUAAACUAAGUAAACUCUCCUACUAAUAGGUUGAAUAGACAUAGAAGUUUCAUUCUUAUUUACUAGGUAAUUUUAGAUUAUACCUAAGUCAACCCCAGCGGGGAAGGGGGGUACUCCGGUGGCGGAGUUUAUCGAAUGAGAGCAAAAAUCAAAACCCGAACGAUCCUUACGGCUUCCAACGAAACCCAAAAACCCUGGACCAAAAAUUAACCCCCAAAAUAUCUCACGCCGAAUUUCCGAGCCUUAAAAAUUUCCAGAUGCAAUGUAAUGCAUUUUAGUAAAAUCAAGCUAGUGGUCUAUUAUUAAUGCUGCGUUCUGAUUGGUUAAGCUACUACUAGGCUAUAUGUUACAGCCCACAAGUGGCGAAAAGCGCCGGCUUUUGGCGGCAAAAAAGGAUUAAAGUCUACCGUUAACUAGCUAAAGCUGUGUUGUCUCGAUAUUUUUUUACCAACUAGUUGGAUUUUACUAAAGCAAUUAUUCCUCUCUCCCUCACGGCCUCUGAGUCAAUAGCCCAUUCGGCCUUCGGCCUCAUGGGCUAUUGACUCAGAACCCAUUCGGGCUCGAGGAAUAAUUAUUAAAUAGUUGACACUGCAGCUGCCCCCGCUCUGUAUAUUGUCGGUCAAUAGUAUGAUUGGUCGUUGUGUAGCUCCGGUUCAAAUAUAUCGAUUCAUAAUGAAGAUUUUCUCACAUAUUCCAUACAGUAGGUGAGAUAAAAACAGGAAAAGAAAAGUUCCCAGCACGGAUUCACUUCGACUUACACAGCUUUGAUUAAAACAUUCUCAGUUUCGAUUCAAAAUAAUUUAUUCUAAACCAUAAAAAAAAAUUAAUUAGAAGUUCCAAUUUUUCGCUACUUCUCUUUCACUUUUUACAUACUGUUCAUUUUAUUUGCCGGAAUGUAAACCUUAGAAAUUCAAAGGUUUGAUUAAUUCACGCUCGCGCAUUCUAGUCUUUUUCCCGGAACUUCAUAGAAGGACAUCUGUAAGCAGGGAAUAAGUCAGCACAGAAUUUAAUUGUCGGCGAAUUUCUGUAAUCGUCCAUCGUUCUGCUAGUGAUAACCGCGCCGUUGAUUCAAUCGUCUUGCUUGUUUGGGAGUGGAUCUUUAAUAUUCCCCCAAAGAGAGAGAAAGAGAGUCUGUCAAAUUGUUUCCAAUCUAAGAAAUUGGGAAAUCGUGUCUGGUAAACAAGUGUUUAAUAUAUAUAUACAGUUAUACGUACCUUGUUAUAACUUCAUCUGCGCUAAACGAGUGUCUUUUGGUCCAUAAAUUUCAAAACAGCUGCUCCACAGAAUGUCGCUGAUAACACGUAACGCAAAAGAGUAUCGAAGUAUGACUGUACAAUAAGUGUCACAAAAUCUACCUAUUAGUAACGGGUCCCUUCCGGAUUUUCUGUUUUACAUCAUUGAAACAUCUCUAACUUGCGGGCGCAAACAAAACAAACGUCAUCAUUACCCAACGAUUCCAUGCUGCCCCUGUUCAAGCAAAUCGAGAUUUUUUCUGGUAUACUGACUGUAUAUUUCAACCGUGUAAGUACUUUUCUUAAUAUACGAGCGAGCUACUAAAGUGCCUUCUUGGGAUUUCCCAUUCUGGGCGAAAUGCGGGGGCAACAAAAAAACAGCCGCAAAACAAGUUCGGUUGAACUUUAUUCGCAGAACUACGCGGCCGAGAUACGCGUGCACUACCACGACUCUUCACAUUGUUUUGAGUACCUCCAAAAAAUACUUGCCAAAUUUUCCUACCCCAAAAAAUGCCGGAAUGCAAAAUCUCAAACCCAAAAAAAUCCUUCGAUCAUCUCCCUCACUUGAAAUCCGUAGUACCACCAGGGGAAGUCAACUCAUUGCGAUGGGCUUUUCUUUUCAUAACACGAUGUUAUUUCCCCUAAUUUCGAAGAGGUUAUUUCUUUCCUCUUCACUUUUGUAGGACAUAUUCCAAGAGCUUCGGCUGCCUGUGACAAUCACCGCUACUUUCCGGCAUUAGGAAGCUUAAGCAAAGAACUUUUUUAUUAACUAAGAAACUUUUUGUAUGCCUAGAUACUUCUAAACGUGUAUUGCAAAGUGUUUUACUCUUAUUCAGACUUAUAACCCAAGGAAAACCACUGCCCAAGAAUGCAAAAGCGACUUUGCUCAAAAACGCCGUUGCUUAAGCUCACUAUUGUAUGGUAUUUUGUUUCAAGAGCAUGGGCCAGAAAUGAGAUGGUAGAUAGCCAACUACGGCUAAAAGAAAGUUUAAUCAGGGUUCCUAUCACAAGCGCGAGUGCAAAUUACUUUUCUAAAAAUAAUAACAGACUGCACUGUUUCACAGCACACAUAUCGCACGCUUAUCAAAUUUAUAAGAAAAGAAACGUUGACUCAGCUAGAAAGGUGACCGCUGGGUCACCCUUUUUCGAUGUCAAGGUCACCCUCCUAGUCAGUAUAACUUCUCUCCAUAUAAACACUUUGGCUCCCCCAGCGAGGUCAACUAGGCCAAUCUGAUGCGCAGGCGCUGUUUUCACUUCGAGGCUCAAGUAAACAGGUGAACUUUAAACGCUUUUUAAAGUUGAUUCAGUCGGGAGGGUGGCUCCCUUUCCGUUAACCGAGGCAUUACAGUACUGCUAAGGAGUGCACACACGUCGAAGCACACCAAGAUUCCCAUCGCUGUUGGAUAACUAAUUUCUAGUUUUAUAAAAUUAAAACAGAUUAAGACCAGUGCUAAACAGGUCUCUUUUUACAACUUCCUAAUAUUAUUAUCUUCUAACAGGAGCGCACAAGUUAGAAGGUGUAAAAGAAUCAUCCUCCGGCGAGCAAUGAGAAUUAUGCCUGAAGAAGAGGAAUCCAUAGAAUGUGAUGAGGACGCCAAAUAUCGCACAAUCAAUGGAACCUGCAACAACCUAAAAAACCCAGAAUUUGGAUCAAUCAACACAAAAUUCGAACGACUUAUACCAGCCGAUUAUGGCGAUUGCAUCUCAACCCUUCGAGAAUCAGUGACUGGCCACCCACUUCCAAACACCCGAGAAGUAAGUUUCAAAGUUCACGGCAGCAACGCAGAUGGCUUAAAUCCUAAUUCUAGUGUACUGUCCCAUCUGGCCAUGAACUUCGGACAGUUCAUGGACCACGACCUGUCGCUGGCGGAGGCACAGGGAGUUAACUGUGAGCCACCCGAGGACAAGGAAGAACCUGAAUGUAUCAACAUUCAUAUUCCCAAAAGCGAUAGGAUUUUCCGUGACAGAUAUAUUAAAUUUAUUGAAAUGGAGAGAGAGGCUUUCAUCAAACCAGAUUCUUUUUGCACACUAGAAGUUCGAGAACAUCCGAACACAAUAACCGCCUAUAUUGACGCAUCUAACGUGUAUGGAUCAACUGACGAGAUUGCUGAAUCACUUCGUGCUGCAGACGGCCUCCUAUUGGUCAUGAAGCAUCCACAUGGCUGCCAAUUCAAAAACUUACUGCCUGCUCAAGUCGACGGUUUCUGCCCAACAAGAAAUUUUUUUGAACCAUGUUUUUUCAGCGGAGACAUACGAAACAAUGAGAACCCUGGUAAGAUAGGCGGGGCCAUCCACAUAAAUUCAUCUCUCUGAGGUCCCUUGGUGUCAGAGACUUUUCUUGCGCGGAUUCCGCUUUCGGGAUUCGCCGCUCGUGGCUUCAGCUUUUGACCGAAGACGUGUCGGCCUGCCGCGGACCCCGAGACUUCUCCGCUGCUCUUCAUCAUCGUGCGCAAGAAAAAAGCUCUGACACCCAGGGUAUCCUCAUGUCAUGAAACACUUCUCCUUUAAUUCCUCUCCCGAAAAAAAAAAGAAAAAGAAAAAAAAGAAAGAAAGACAAAAACUCGUGAGAUGAGUAAUUUUCUCGUGCAAUAUUUCAUACCUCCAGUGACGCAACGUUACACUAUUAAAACAGGACGAAGAACCCUACUUUGCUUAUCACCCAUUUCGCACAAACCUCCUUUGAGGAAAACAACAGAGAAAUCAGGGAUUAAUUCAUCUCCCUCGAUGAAACUUUUGAGAAAGAUAGGACUAAGUUUAGCUUGAUACUUUAGGUCCUUUGCAUGCGUACGUACAUUUCCAAUAUACACAUCAUUUUUGCUCCAAUCUAGUAAGUUCCGUUUUUUGUAGGGUAAUGAUUAAAAGCUCUUGCAACCUUAAAUGCUGCUGCAUGAAAAAAAAAUUGAUCUUUCCCAUAUAAAAUACUAUUACUAAUUAUACAAGUCGUUCUCUGUACAGUUCAGCAAACAUGUGCAGAAAUUAAGACCAAGUCCUCGGGUACUUUACUCAGUACACAUAAAGAAAAACUAAUUAUCAUAACGAUAUUUCUAAACCUACAGGUCUAAAUUCGGUCCAUACUAUCUUCGUGCGUGAACACAACCGAAUCGCAACAUUUUUCAUAAAGAAUACAGACUGGGACCCCGAAAAGAUUUAUCAAGAAACCAGAAGAAUCGUCGGAGCAGAGCUACAAAUCAUAACAUACGGCGAGUUCCUGCCAUUACUUUUGAGUGAGCACACGGUAGGUCCCUGCAAAGCUACACCCUACCUUUUUAGAAGGUCUCCAGAUUUCAAGUGACGGGGAUAUCGUUUGGGGGCAACAAUCAAAACCCAAAAAAUCCCUGGACCACAAGUUAACCCCCCCAAAAAUCCCAUGCCUAAUUUCCGAGCCUUAAAAAUUUCCAGAAAGAAUAACAUGUUAGUUGUACUUUAUUAGCAGGACUACUCGUCCUUCAGAUUGUUUUGAACACCCAAAACAGUGCUGCAAUCUGUAACAGAAAUUGAAACGUUCCGUGUAACACUGGUUGCACAGGUAAAAAUUCGUCCCCCGUUCAAAGCGUUUUGUCCGGACCCGUGUUAACGGGGUCGAAAGUACAUGAGUAGGUUUCUGUUUUAAAUGUCAAUUACUUUGAAUUAAAGGAAGGUUAGAGCGGCGCUUCUCAUUCCAGGGGCAGCCAACCACGGUUUCCUCAUAAAUACAUUGAAAACACUUUUUAGGCUAUCCAAAGUACUUUUAGAAAUGAAUUCUAAGCGGCGCUGUAAAAUCUGCAUCUGUUCGGUCAUCCUAGGGGAACUUGAGUCUCUUCAAAAUUACAAGGGCGUGGGUAUCAUUUUCCCAAAAAUUUUAGAUGACAUUUGACUUAUUACGAAAGUGAGACAUUUUUUAAUUCCUCUCUCCAUCACAAUUUUUGAAUCCGACAAUUUUAGGUUUCCUUUCUUCGACAAAAAAUAGCCUAACUUGGGACGUAAAAUUGAAAAAUUAAACUUCAGAAAAUCGCAGGGAAUUUAUUAGAUAAGCUUCGAAAAUUGUACAUGAAUAGAACGGUCAUUCUAGGCAAAUAUUUGCUUCUCCAAACAGAUAUUUACAGAAAACAGUCGUUGGGUGCCUCAGUCUGUUCUUCUUCCUGUCUGCAAAGAACUUGUUUUUCUGACGGCACUUAUUAUACAGUCAUUUGGCUCCCGUAAGCGACCAGCUCGGAUAAAAGUCGUUUUCUGGUUCAGCGAACGAGAAUGAACUCCUCCAAAUGACCAUGUGGCAAAUAAAUGCACUCGCUUAGAACGCUUUUAUAUUGGCACAUUGUUGUUUAUGACUAAAAUACAGUCUGAUGAAAUAAUAAAACAGCUUUAUUUUUAUUCGAAGCUUUAUUACAUUCGAAGUUUUCGAAGAUAAUACAGUAUUAAUUAAGCCGUUGGCGUUUCUGUUACGUAUAAUCCUGAAUUUGAGCAAGACGUUAAUUUGUUCAGUUCGGGUGUUCUCUGAGUGGUCGAAUAUGAAACUGAAGAAAGAGAGAAGAAACUGAUAUCUAGUCGGUGAUUAACAAAAGUGGUCAGCGGAGCGGUCGCUUACGAGAGUGGCCUUAAGUAGAAAAUUGACAUGUGGGAAGAAACGGAAAUUUUUCGUUGAGGAAAGGAAAUAAACGGAGACAAACAAACUGCAAUCAAGCCAAGUGCUCGUGAAUUUUCUCUAGUAAACAAGAGAUCCGAACUCGUUACUCUAAAAAGCCGCUAUAAAAACACUGAAUUCGCCACGUAACCACUCAAAAGAAGGGGAGCUCUAACCAUACUGUAUUCGAUUAGAAAUUUGGUAUUUAAAACUUAAAAAAUUUACCCACAGCUCUUUAAGAGGCUCCUUGCCGGGUUUGGGGCGUGGUCUUCUGUGCCAGAGGUCCCGAGUUAAAUUCCCAGGGCUGAGCUCAAAUCUUCGUUUGGACUUCUUUCUCUUUCCGCGUAGCUUUGUGAGAGCUUUGCCACGAAAUUUAUUACAACUAAAACGGUGGAAACUGCCACCAAAUUGAGUUAAAAAUCAAAAAAACCAAUCAAAAUAUUAAAAAAGAUCAUAAACAUAGUCACUACACUUGAAGAAGAUUGAAACGGAUGACAACUGCGGUUUUUAAAACUUGUUAGCUUAACAGUUUUUCAUGUUAUUCAAUACAUCCAAGUUCACUUUUAGUUGUUUAUUAUAACGUUUGGUAUAGUUUGAUUUAAUGCUUAAAAGACAUAUUUAAUUGUUUGACUCGAAGCCCUGAUUUUGUCAGUCACAAAUAAUUUCUUAAGUUCGAAUAGCGGACAAAGACGCGUAAUUGGCAUUAUCAGAGAAAAUGAACUAGACACAGCCCCUUUAAUUACCCGUAAAAUGAAGCAAUGACGGAGAGAGAAAGGUAAAUAAGUGCACCGCAGGACUCAGGAUUGCAAGCCAGAUGAUGAUUAUUUCAAGCUACUAAACCUAAAAUAAAGACGAAUUUUUCGACCAUUUACCUUUAACUUCUUACAGAAUACUCUCCUUCUUUACAUUUGUAUUUAGCUCUCCGCGUGAUUAUGCAUAAAACGCAAAUAAUGUAUAUAUUGCACCCGUUUACAUAACAAAAAAGGUUUAUUUUAUGUUUGUUUACUUUCACCACUAUUUAGAGAAAAGAAUUUGGUCUUGUACUUCUUGAGGGAGAGGAGUUUUUCACUGGCUAUGACAAAGAGGAAAAUGCGCAAACAUUAACAGCCUUUGCCGUAGCUGCAUAUCGAUUUGGCCACAGUUUGGUUCAAGAGCUUUUCAAUCGAUUCUCUCAAGAUGGCUUUGAACACAAAUGCAGCAAAUGUAGCAAAGACAAAUUACAAUUCCAGCCAAUCCCAGUACUGGACUUCAAUAACCCAGCACCCUUGUACGCUGUAUGUAAAGGAGGUGUCGACGCCAUUUUGAGGGGCUUACUUAAAGAUCCUGCAGCGAAAGCUGACGGGUGAGUGAAGUUAUCGCAUGCACGUACACGCAGUCCUUUUGAUUUGUUUAAUUUUCUUGUUUAGGAGAAAAGUUCAGUGUUGCUUUUAGGGUAUGCAUAGUUGUGAGCCUGAUAGGUUUAAGACCGAUUCGCGCGGAUUCACGAAACUUUGCAAGAGAUAAUUUAGAGUUAGUUCGAAGGAUCCGAGCUCACGCUUGGCGGGCUAGAGGAGGUUUUAUUGUAGCCAAAUUCAAGGAAUUAUACUGCGUUCUUUCUGUACCUUGAAGACCGCUUUCACUUUGGUCAUGGUAAUCAAGUGGUUACAACAUACUCUGCAUAGGCGAUGAAUAGAUCCAAUCGGCGCCAUUAUUAUACAAUCUACUCACUAUCUGUCUUCUCUUUGGAUAAGAGCCUAUAGUUAGGAAAUCACCGAAUUCACUGCAACCAACAGAUAGGUUAAUCCUGUGGACGAAGUUGGCUGAUCUUUAGGUUGCCACGCAAUGCACUACUUUUAUACGCCUUUCUUCUAUUUUACUUACUGAUCUUUUUUGUUCGUUUGCUUUGUCGUACAGGCGUUUUUCAACUUCAGUCCAAGAAAACCUAAGUCGCGGUGAAGGUGAUACGUCUGACUUAAUCGCUAUUAACAUUAGAAGAGGGCAUGAUCGUGGACUGCCUAGCUACACCAGGUUUCGCCGCUUUUGUGGCCUUCCACUCGUUAGAAAUUUCUCUGACUUGGUAACGGUUGCCAAUUUUGACAAAAGGGUCGUUGCUGCAUUGGAAAAAGUUUACAAGACAGUUGAGGAUGUAGACAUGUUCACCGGAGGUAAGUCUGGAGCAACGAUCACAUUCUUCCCAUAAUCAUAACUAUAACAAAAUUCUCAAUUCUGCUUGGCUAUUAGCCUGCACCACAGACGAAACUAAACUCUGGUUAAAUUACAUCUGCGAAGAAAGCUAAUUGGCUAACAACCGUUCUGAUUAGGACAGUAUAAUUGGACAGUACGCGUAAUCGCGGGCGCAUUUGAAUGUUUUGUUGUUCUUAGACUGCUUGCAGUCCGAAUUUCUCUAAAAUACGUCUAGUUCUUAUCUCAGCAAGCGCGAUUGCAAACCACGACGUUAUGUUACAAUAAGGGAUUGGGACCAGACGACAAUAGAUGGACUGCGGACUCUUUUGCAGUAAACAAACCCUCCGUUAGCCCAGAAACGGAGUAACCGAUUGGUCAAUUUUGCAGCUUUUGGCAGAUCAUUGACUGGUCUGUGGUGGAGACGCAAGCGGUAAAAAUAGUCACGCGUCACAACUAACUACUAACAAUUGCGAAGCUGGCGGUAAUCGCUUGUAAACUUAAACGUUUAACGAUAUCUUACGGAAGGAAACUGCUGUAAAUUUCCUCAAGGGAAUGGAAUUCAAGGUAAUCUUACCGGAUUAUAAAAAAAGUAAAAUUUUUCCGUUGUUUAUGUUCUAUUUAUAAAUCGUUUCAAGUUACUCGGGUUUAAUUGGUUAAUUAAAUUACCUUGACAGCUUCGUUGUACCCAGACAGAAUAAAAGGAGUCAGCAGUCUCUUAUUUUUUUCUCCUCGGGCUUACGCCCUGGUUUAUCGCGGCUCGCGGCUUCGCCGCUCGCGUCCUUGGGUUUCACGUGCAGUAACUUUGCAAAGAAAAAUAAGACACUGUUCGCAGUCUAGUUUUUUUUUUUCACUGGUAGCAAAAACUCUCACAUUUCUUGUAUUUUAAUUAAAAAAGACUUAAAACAUCACAAAUUUCUAUAGUUAUGAUUAAUUGGUAACAGACCUUCGUGUUGUCCUAUUCGGUUUGUAAUCAUAUACACUUGUGAUUAAACUAACUCCACUCAGUCCAAAGUAUAGCAAAAAUCUUCGCGAAUCUGACUAGCCGUUAGGCAUCCACGAUUGCAACAUUUUUUCCACAUUUUGAUGGGAAAGUGCAUGCAUUAUGCUUGAGUGUGAACAGGCAUGCAGUUUACAGUUGUUGUUGUUUUUGUUUUUGGCUUUUUGGCCUUUUUUUUCUUGUCAGUUUUGGGGCUGGAAUGCAGCACAAACAAAUAAAAACUUACAACAAUUGAAUUGGACUCACUUAAUUUGUUAUUACCACUUUUGUGGUUGAAAAGUAAACUUCAUUUGCUACUUCGAUCUCUUCUCAGGAAUGCUUGAACCAAGUGAUCCUAAAGGAGGAGAACUCAGUGCAACAUUUCAGUGCAUUUUAGCAAAUCAGUUCAAACGCACCAAAUUCGGAGAUCGCUUUUGGCAUGAAAACGCACCUAACGUAACCUUAAACACCGACAAGACAGCAUUCAACAGUUGUCAGCUAAAAGAAAUCAGGAAAACACGCUUUUCCAGGAUAAUAUGCGAUAACAGUGAUGACAUUACCUCAAUUCAAAAAGACGCUUUGAUGCAGUCUUCGGUAAGGGUCAGUUGCGACGAAUUGCCAAAGAUAAACCUUAAGGCAUGGAUUACAGAUUGUCCAUCGAGGUAA